AUGACAACAAUAAAUAUGAUACCUGAAUAUAGAAAUUAAUCAGACCUUGACGCGAACGAAUAGGAAAAGAAAAUAAGUUAAUUGCUACCCAGAAGAUGAUAUGUCUUGUGUUUUUAUAUUGAGAUGAGGCUGUCAAACGAUGAAGUAUACGACAAGUCGGACAUUGAAGGACGUCAGUAACAUAUAUGAGCGACGUCUACAAAAUAUAUUCACGAAAUUAAACAGAUUUAAAAUUGAUCACAUCCGUGUUAACUUUAUAUAGUUGGACUAACUACUGACUGAUUUCUGACACGAACAUACAGCCCUUAGAUGUUUUAUCAUUUACCAUGAAUCGGUGGUGUGUCUUUACAGCAAUAUGUAUUGGAAUUAUAUUACUUGGUAUCAGAACGACAGAAACCACAAAUUGUGACAAAACAUCGUUUAAUGGGUACUGCCGUGAUAGAACAAUCAGUGCUGAAGGAGAUCUCAAUAUUGCUAUCCCCGUCAGUAUACACGAGGCGAGGGAUGGUCAACGUUGCGGUGACAUCUCUGUUUCUGGGUUCCAGUCUGCGAUCGCAAUGGAGUGGAUUAUUAAAAUAUUGAAUGGGAACGAUUCCGGAAGUAGUUCUUUUAUUCCGGGCCUAACAUUAGGAUAUAAGAUAUUUGACGACUGUGGGCUUCCGUCCAGAACAUCAUCAUUUUUAACAGGUAUAUUCCACAAAGACAGUUAUAGCAACUUACAAGAAUGCGUGGCAUCUGACAACAUAUCCAUGUAUACAGGAAUUGUGGCAACGACGUCGCCAGAUUCUUCGUCAAUGGCAUUAGAAUUUAACCGUCCAGAGGUUCCAGUUAUAAGUGUUGACUAUCAUGAUGUAAACAAUGAUAAAGCACCAGGCGCCUUCUUUGGUGUAGAAAGUAUAGAAACUGAAAUAAAGGUUAUUCUUGAAUUUAUAAAUCGUCAAAACUGGAAUUUCAUUGGAGUAGUUUUCACAGAAGAUUCAGUUGGGAUGCAAUACCUCGAUUCACUUAUGAAGCAAUCAUCCGGCUUGGAUAUAUGUUAUCUUCAACUUCCGGUGAAUCCUGGAAAUGUCAGUUCUGUUGUUAAUAAUUUAAUAAUUACAGAACAAAAUAACUAUGCUGCAAACGAAACGUUUGGUGUCUUGUAUUUUGGAUCAGUAAAAGAGUGUAUUCUGUUUUUACAAGAAAUUAAAUCAUCACCACACAGUAUUGCUUCAAAAUUAAUGGUACUAUUAGCGUCCUCUGUUGGAAAAGGGAACCAGCUAUAUGAAGCUACCAGACCACUAACAAAUGAUAUUUUUUUAAUUUCACCUCAUCAAAUAAUGCUACAGAAUUUUACAAGAUAUUUUCAAAAUGUGGUCGAAAACAGUGCAUAUCAACAUCUUGAACCAUGGUUUUCAGAAUACAAACAACAUAUAUGUUUCCUGCUUCAGAAACAAGAUUGUGGAGCCAAUGACAUCAUGGCUUAUUACAAACAGGAGUCGCAAGUGGACAAAAGUGUUGUCAGUUUAAUUUCAAUUGCCAAUGCAUUGUUUAAUAUGCAAAAACAAUUCUGUAAUGGAAUAACAGGACUUUGCAAUGAAAUGGUUCAAAACCUGAAUCAAAUGUCAUCCUAUAUGCAUGCAUCGAACGUUUCACUGCAAACAAUUUCGUCCUUUUAUCAUAUUGAUGAUACUGUUGGAUUUGGUACGAACAUAUUGUCUUUAGGAAAGUCCGUCUAUGAUAUUUUUAAUCUGACUAAAAGUAAUGAAAGCCUGAUAGGCAGUUUUUCGAAUGGGGUACUUAAUCUGGACUCUAAUGCACGUAUUCAGGAAUCUAUUUGCAAAGAAAAAUGCUCAAGAUGUAUUGAAAGUGAAAAACUACAGUUUGGUUACACACCAGGAGAUGUACUUAUUUUGGGUCUAUUUUCUAUACAUCAAGAUGCUUAUGAAACAUCAAAUGACGAAAGCAAGAUAUUUAAAUGUGGCAGUUAUAGAACUGGAUCCACUGCAAUCAUAACUGUGUCUUCAUUCCUUGAAAGUGUGAAAUCAUUGCGAGAUCCCAGUAAAACAGGGUUAAAUUUUGGUGCUGUAGCUUUAGAUGACUGUUAUAACGAACUCAACAUAAGUGCACUCAUUACCGAGUUGUUUACUGGACAGCGCAUCUUGCGCGACCCAAAAAGCAAGGCGCAAAUAUCUUUUUCAAAAGUUGUAGCUGUAGUUGGAGCACUUUCCAGUCGUGUGACACAGCGAAUAGCUGACCUCAUGAGCUCACUCCAUAUUCCUAUAGUGUCUUAUGGCGCUUCAGCUACAACUCUGGACAAUAGGGUUCGAUACCCAUAUUUCAUGAGAACUGUCCCCAGCGAUUCUCUACAAAUUGAAGGAAUGAUUAAGUUAAUCUCAAAACUAAAUGUUAAAUAUACAGGAGCAUUAUAUAUCGACGAUGCCUACGGUGCUAGUGGGAUAGAAGGUGUAAAGGAACUGGCACGGUCUAAUGGUAUAUGUAUUUAUAAACCGUACAGUAUUGCUGAGGACACCAGUACUAUUAAAAUGAAACAAAUUCUGAAUGAUAAUCGUUAUAUUGGAGGUGUAAACGUAAUUGUCAUGUUUUCCAUAGAUACCAUUAUACAAAAUAUCCUUGGCGACAAAGUGCUUUCAGACGACAAAGAUCGCAAUAUGUCGUCAUACGCGCCAAUAUUCGUGUCUAGUGAAGGAUGGGGUACGCCCCCUAAUUUGGCCAACAAAGAAUCGGCAGGUUCUUUAGUCUUUACAACUGACAGUAACAGGCAAGUCCCAGGAUCAUUCAAAGAUUAUCUUAGUUCUCUGAAAGUUUCGACUAAAACCGAAAACCCAUGGCUCGACAGGUUUUGGGAGGAACAUUUAAAGUGUUAUAUGCCAAGGUCAUUUGAAAAACUUUCGGAGUGGACCAGCCGUUGUAAUAUGAAUGCAAAACUCAACGAUGAGGUCAUUAAGAGUCUAGUGUCUGACCAACGUAAUAUACACACCGAGAUAGCAGUUUAUGCCAUUGGACUUGCAUAUAAAUCGUUUAAUGGGAAAUCAGUAUGCCGCACUUCUGGAAAUUGUUUUAAACGGAAUAAAGAAAAUGCUUCAAACUGGACUGAAGCCAUUCGAAGUAUAACGAUUCCAUUAUCAGAUUUGACUAAUUUCAGACCAUUUAAACCCGAUGGCAAUGGAAACUUAGGUUUUACCAUUCAUAAUAUACAAAAGAAUUCCAGUUCCAGUUUUUCAUAUGUAAAGGUCGGAUCAUACGACGGAACUCUUUCGUUACAAACGCAAGAUUUGAAAUUCUAUGACCAUCUAGGACAAGAAAGAACAUUAAAUCCAAUAUCCUGUCCAACAAGUAAAUGUCCAGAUGCAUGUAUUACGACCACGAUUCCUGCCGAAACAUCAACAGUAUCUGCAAUUUCUAAUGUCCAAACGUCAACUGAUAUCAUAGCUAUUGUCCUUGGAGCUGUUGCAGGCAUUUUAUUCCUGAUUGUUAUAAUGUUGACAAUUCUCGUUUUCAAAGCUUUGAGAACUAACAACAAUACUGCAAUGGACGAUAAAUCUAAAGAAUUACAGAUGGAUCACUUGUCAGUUCCAAUUCACCAUAGAAGUAAUAGAAGCUUGAAUGGUAUAUAUAAUGAACCAUAUUCCCAACAUAGCAGUGUAAGCGAUCUUAGAAGGGUACAUCACAAUAAAGGAUUCCACAGUGAUAACGAAUCGGCUGGUCAUCCUCCGCCUUCUACUUCAAGCGGCAUAGUGGCUGGAUCAAGUUCCGAUUCCGCCGGAAGUCAUAUAGUGUAUUCUGAUAUGGCUCAGGCUGUUCCAAGACCUAACGAAGGUCUUAAUUAUUUGUCACCAGAAUCGUCCGAUGUUUCAAACCAGUCAUUAAAAGAUUUAACUAAACGUGUUUUGCAACCGCAAAGCAAUCAAGGAAUUCAAAACCAGGAACCUCGCACUGAUUCAAGUAUGACUUAUCUUUCGGCGAAUGAACUUUUAUUGGAUGACGAAGAAGAAUCGAAUGUAAAUACUAAUGAUAGUCCUUACGACUUUGGAGAUCCUGAAAAAUUAGGGGUUGCACCUAUCCCUCCAGGUUUAGAUCCAACUGAUAAAGAAAACAUUGCUCCACCUGCUUAUUCUCUGAGUGGAUACAAUCAAGGAAUACGACGGCCUCAAACAUUGCCGGGAAUCAGUCCUCUUCAACUUAGACCACAAGAAAUAUCAAAUACAGGUUACCCAAGUCCGUCAGCGCACUGCAACCUUUAUACCAACGAUAUGUAUUUAAAACCCGUCUCUGAUGCUUUACCAACCUAUCAGCAGCAUCUAGAACAAAAACAGCAGUUCCAAAAUGGAAGGGCACACCAUGUCGAAAUGCCUACAAAUAUGUCGCCAAACUGUUACAACAAUGUUCGGUUAUUUCGACCUAAUUCUCAACAGAACGGCACAGCCCAACUGCCAGUUUUAUCACCUUUCACAGAACAAGUAUAUUUUACAAGUAAUAACUCUUUGUCACCGUCUUCGAGAUUCGGAAGUCCAGGGUCUUCUAUAAUUUCUUUAUCGCCUGCUCAAAAAGAGGAAUUGUUAAGUAGAAUUUUACAUGAAAAUCCAAGUUAUUUUCACAAUCAGUGCAAUAUAAACUAUAGAUCACCUGGAUCGUCCGUUAACUCCCCUCAAUCAAAUAAUGCAAUGAGUCCAAAUGGCAAAUUAAAACAAGUUGUUGAACCAAUCUCAGUUGAUACGGGAAUACACGGAGCAAUAGAAAUUGAAGAUCGCGAAGAAGUGAUGAUAUAAAGGAUAUUUUAUCUUUGUAUCAUCCAUUAUAUCAAGGCACGUUUAUAUCAG